AUGUGCAUUCUCGUGUUCCUGCUGAACACCAUCUCGCAGAAGUUUGUGCUCUACAACUCCGCGUUUGUCGACGAAGAGAUGGACCGAUGUCGACUCCUGGUGGUGGAUGCCGGGAAGACUCCAGACAUUCAAGAAUACCCCGAAGCACAAGUACCGGGCGAACAGUUCGUGUCCCUUUUCUCAAUACUGGCACCUUCGACGAAGCCCGAGCCGCUCGUCCAGAAGACGGAUUGGGAGCACCACGAGACCACGAGGAAGGUUCCCGCUCACAUUCGCCUUAAUAACGGCUCGGUGCGCGGCUUUGUAGGAGGGGAGGGGAGGGAAUUGAAGCGACGCUGGGGUAUCAGCCAGGAGAUCUGUUGGCAGCGCUCCAGGGACGUGUUUUGGGAGUCGUCGUACUCUCAGCCUCUCUUAGUGGCCGGCGAGGCCUCCGUCUCGGCCAUUCAGCGCCCGGCUAGUAGUCCGCGGGGGGAGGGGGUGCAGGGACGAGGAGCCGCCCCGCCCGGCCAGGGAGCCGGGGGCGGGCGGCGGUCAAGGCCGCCCCUCAGACCGCCGCCGCCGGGGGCGGCACGCGGGGAGUACGUGCGAGCCGUCGAGGCAGCCCCGGGUAUAAAGGCGAGCCGGCCUCGACGCCUCGUCAGUCACGUGAGGCCCCGCUCCGCCGAGAUGUCCCCCUGCGUGAUGCUGCUAGUGCUGCUGGCGGCCACCGUGGCGCCCCUGGCGGCGAGAGUCGGCAUGCCGCUGCUGAGCUACAUCAAGCCGUGCUGGAGGUACGACCCUCAGCUCAACGAUUGCGCCAGGAGACACGGUAACGAGGCGAUCCCACAUCUCGCCAAAGGGGACCCGAAGUACCACAUCCCGGUGCUCGACCCGCUGCUGGUGAAGGAGGUGAAGGUGGAGCAGGGCUCCGGUCCAAUCAGGAUCAACCUCAAGGCCAUAGACAUGCUCAUAGAGGGCCUAAAGGACACCACCAUCAAGGACAUGAGGGUGGACUUCGCCAACAAGAGCAUCGUGGUGAAGAUCGCCGUGCCCAGGAUGAAGCUCACGUCCAGGUACACCAUAGACGGCCAGGUGCUGGUGCUGCCCAUCAGAGGUGACGGCGACAUGACCAUCAACCUGGACGAGUUCUCGUCCACGACGAACCACGAGAUCCAGUGGGUGGACAAGCAAGGAGCUCGCUUCAUGCGCCUGCUCACUCCGAACAUCGACUACCACAUCAAGUCGGGCAACAUCCACUUCACGAACCUCUUCAACGGCGACAAGGCCCUGGGCGACAACAUGAACGCGUUCCUGAACGAGAACUGGAGCGACGUGGUGGGGGAGCUGGGGCCCACCAUCGGCGAGGUGAUCCGCGCGAUCCUCGACAGCAUCUUGCAGAGCGCCGUCGAGAGCACGCCCUUCGACGAGAUGUACCCGGAGGAGCUGUGAUCCUCCCCCGCCUCCCUCCAGGGCGAGGGGAAGCCUUCGUUCCACAGACCAGAGAGCCACGCCCCAAGUUCCCCCAAGCUCAUGCUCGCUCAACCCCCCCCCCCCCCCCCCCCGGUUCUAACUCAUUGUUAGAGACCGGAAAAAUUCGCGGGUUCAAUGACCUCCAUGAUAGACUCCACUAUCCUCUUCACACUCGGGUAAAUGCCAACUGUUCAUAUUGGCUGUUGACUUGUGAGUCGUCUCGACUGGGUGGCCUGUGAUUCGACACUUCUAUGAGUGAGGGUCUCUAAUUGGCCCACAGUCCUCCAGAUUAACAGUAAACCAAUGUCGGAAGCAGCACUAAGGUAUAAUUAUUUGAAUUGUAGCGUUUCACGAAAAGAAUCCGCGAAUUUUUCAGGUCUAUACUCAUUGUAUAAACCGGUGUGGCAUUAAAUUUUGCGGUCGAUUAGGAUAGGUUAGCUACAUUAUAAAUACUUUAAAAACAUUGUGGAUGGUUCGUUGUAUUAGAUAAGUAUAGCUACAUUAAAAAUACUGUAAAAUCAUUUUAUGGUUGCUUAGCAAAUAACUUUUUAAUAUGUAGCUAUCCAGGGCUAGGAAACCGUUUACAUGAAUUCACAGUAUCUUUAAUGUAAAUAUCCUAACCAAAUCAACCGUCCACAAUGUUGAAAAUAUUUAUAAUGUAACUAACCUAACCUUUUACAAUGAACAAAAAAAUACCCCGAAGAUCCACGAUCGAAGGUUUGGCUCUCUCGUCUGUGAAGAGAAGGCUUCCCCUAGGUCAAGUGUCCUGCCGCCAUAGAGGUCAGCACAAGAAGCAAGCAAGCAGUGACUCACAUAGAGAGCAUCCCGCGCCAUGGAGCAGGCCUACACCACAGCGGGUGGCCACAUCUGCACGACUACAUACAUGACAGACGGACGAAGUAUCUUUGUUUUCUUCUCAACUGAUGCUCAGCGCCAUGUUGGUUCGACGCCAAAAAAAAAAAGAGGGGGUUGUCUGUAAAGACGGUUUACGGACGAUAGUUUUACGUGAUAAAGUCAUAAGAAAACAUUGAUGAAAAAUUGCAUAGUUUUUUUUUUAAUUUUCAAAACAUUAUUUACAUUUUUUGCAAAUUUAAUUUAAAUAAUUUUGUUUAAAUAUAAUCAUGAACAAUUAGUUAUAGAAAUAAAACUGUAAUCAAAUCAAUGUCAAUAAAUUUUUAAUUAAAAAUGACGAAAUUGGACGAAUAAAUCAAAUUUUUAAAAUUGCUGCUUUCAAAAAGCCCGUCUUAACCUGUUUGAUAUUAUAGAAGAUUUUCUUGCACGUCGGUUGGCCGGUUCUUGCACGCUCGGCUCAGGCGGAACGUGACAAUGAGUCAAGGUUUUUUCGUGCGUACAGCCGGCGUUCAUCGAUUUAUAAGACGUUAUCACGUCAAAAAAUAUAUAUUCCUGAAGUGUUUGAUGUGAAGACAGUUUUAAAUUAACCCCCCCCCCCCCUUUUUUUUAAUGGAUGUGACUAACCAUCAUCAUACGUGGACAAACACCGUUUUUGCAAUGUUUUGGGCGGAACAAUAUGACGGUGGUUAGGUAAAAAUGAAAAGGUGACUCGACUACUUCACAGAACGAUGCCUCCUGACAUGGCGUGACAGUUCCUCUAGUUGGAGGAUCAGUUACCACCCACCACUGCGCGGAACGGUUUGUGGGUACACAGCUUCGGUUUGCUACGACCACACGUGUAUUCCUCGUCAGACCCACGACGAAACAGAGCUGACAGUGAGGAGACCCAACUCUCUUGGGUACAAGGGUCGAAGCUUUUAGUUCGCACAGGAAAAGUAAUCUUCAACCCCUAUACUUCAGCGCGGUGCAUACUCGUCCAUUUGUCUGCACUCUGGACUCCACAGUCAGACCAAGGAACAGAACUCGCGUUGUGGACUUGGAGGUUAUUCAAGACGAGGCAAGUAGUUGACAAGUUGCCGCUCAGAAGAAUGUAUUGUACUUAGAGACCUGAAAAAUUCGCGCAUUCAUUUCACGAUAGGCUAGAAUCCAAAAGUUUGCAUUUUUUCUGCUUCGGUGAUUGGACCACAGUAUAUCUGAAGGACUUUGGGCCAAUGGAAAAAAAUGUAAACAAAAGAAGUAUCGAAUCACGAGCAUCCCAGUUAACAGGUGUCACGAGUCAGUAACCAAUGAGCAGAUGCAAUUCUCCCGAGCGCAUAGAGGAUCAUGGAGUCCAUCCUACAGGUCAUUGAAAUCGCGAAAUUUUCCGGUCUCUAAUCUAAUUAUACUUACUCCUUAUAUUUCUAAUUUACUUCGUGUGAUGAGCGGUUUGUUAAUGGUGGAUACUUUUUUUAACGAACUACAUUUUGGGUACAGAAUAUAAAUUUCUAAAUUUAUGUACAAAAAUAUUUGAGUUCAAAUAUUACUCUACCACUAAAUAAAUCCGCGAAAUUUUCAAAAUGACAGACAAUAACUCGCUAUAAAUGAGAAAAAAUUUUGACAGUAUUAUUUCAGUGCUGGUUGUAAUGUUGCUAUGUCAGCACCCACGAACAAUGAGAAUGUGUUAUUGUAAAAUUGUUAUUUUGUUUCUACAGUACAUUUAUACAAACAUUCA